GUGAAAUAACUAAUUCUGCUACAAAUGAAGUACUUCCAUCUCUUAUCAAAUUUAUUUCCGAUGAAAUGGAUGACUUUGGCAUCAUAGUAGAUAAUCAACUUGAGCUAACAGGAUCUAGUUUUGAGAACUCACCUGUCGUGGUAACUGAAGCUGCUACUGAACGACAGCAUGGAAGGAAGCAUUCGGUUUCCAUUAGUUUGCCACCCUCUCCUUUGGCAGGUUACUCACCACCAAUUCAAAAAAGAGUUGUUUUCAGUGAUAAUAAUGAGAUUAUAUUCAGCAAUGUUGGUUCUUCUGAUUCGGCUACUACAUCAACCGAUAAUAGUACUAGACGUAACAAAAAGGUCAAGUUUUAUUCUCAGACAAUGCCAAGACAUACUGCAUUUCCUGAGGCACCUGCUAUGGGGAAACUUCUCAGCUAUUCAGACUUCCCAUCAAGGAAUCCCAAGAUCAUUAAGCAAAGGGAUUCAAGGUUUGACUCUUACAAAACAUGGUCUGGUAAACUUGAGAGACAAAUUUCAACUUUGCGCGGAAAGAAUGUGGAAGGACAGCAAGAGUCAAACUCUCGACCAACUGCAGAGAUGGAAAAUAUUCCUGUGGACCGGUACUUUGCUGCCUUGGAGGGACCAGAGUUGGAUACUCUACGGGCAUCCGAGGAAAGUAUUCUUCCUGAGGACAAGAAAUGGCCUUUCCUUCUUAGAUAUCCUAUUUCUUCCUUUGGUAUCUGUCUUGGUGUUAGUAGCCAAGCUGUUAUGUGGAAAGCUCUUGCCACUUCUUCCUCAACAAAAUUCCUCCACAUAAGCUUAGAUGUAAAUCUUGUCCUUUGGUGCAUAUCUGUGGUCCUUAUGGCGGUUGUUGCUUUCACCUAUGCUUUGAAAAUCAUUUUCUACUUUGAAGCAGUUCGUCGUGAGUACUAUCACCCCAUACGUAUUAACUUCUUCUUUGCUCCCUGGAUAUCUCUUCUAUUCUUAGCAUUAGGAGUUCCACAAUCAGUUACUAAAACACUUCCCACAGUUUUAUGGUACAUUCUUAUGACCCCAAUCUUUUGCUUAGAGCUUAAGAUAUACGGCCAAUGGAUGUCUGGAGGACAACGAAGGCUCUCAAAGGUAGCCAACCCCGUAAAUCAUCUCUCCGUUGUUGGAAAUUUUGUUGGUGCUUUGCUAGGUGCAUCCAUGGGACUAAAAGAAGGCCCAAUAUUCUUCUAUGCUGUUGGAUUAGCUCAUUAUGUGGUCUUGUUUGUGACUCUUUACCAAAGACUUCCAACAAAUGAGACACUGCCAAAGGAUCUUCACCCGGUCUUCUUUCUAUUUGUUGCUGCACCUAGUGUUGCUUCUAUGGCAUGGGCAACAAUCAAAGGGUCAUUUGAUUAUGGAUCUCGGAUUUCUUAUUUCAUCGCUCUGUUCCUUUAUUUCUCACUGGCUGUUCGUAUUAAUUUCUUUCGAGGCAUCAGGUUUUCGUUGACUUGGUGGGCGUAUACUUUCCCCAUGACCGGAGCUGCUAUUGCUACCAUCAGGUAUUCAGCUGUAGUUACCAACACUCUCACAAAGUGUCUAGUCGUCAUACUUUGCUCUCUUGCUACACUCACAGUAACUGCGCUUCUUGUGACAACUAUCAUCUAUGCCUUUGUACUAAGAGACCUCUUCCCAAAUGACAUUUCAAUUGCAAUUAGUGAAAGAAGGCAUAAAUCAAGUGGAAUAUGGCAUCUUAGUAAAUUUGGUAGCUCAGACACCAAAGAUAUCGAACAAUAUCUUAAAUAUGUAGAUUCUUCGGAUGAAAAAGAUAUUGAAGCUUCUCUUGCACAUCCAAAUUCUAGUACCAUAGAGUUGAUCACCUCUGUCUCAACCGAAGUUCGUCAGCAAUGAUUUAUGCAGUUCCACAACCCUUUAUGUUCUUGAAUUUUUUUGUAAAAUUCUUAACAAGUGUUAAUCAAGUGAGGAACAGCAAGAGUUUGACAGUUCCUGUGAACUUGAUAUAGAAAUGUAUUAAGUGAAGGUUCUUCUAUGGAG